AUGCCCUCUAGGCGUGCAGCAAAUUCCCAGAAGGCGACCACCGGUCUUUCAGGUACUUUUCGACUCCUCGCUCUCCCGGACGAACUCGUCAUCCGCGUACUGGAAUACGCAGCAUCCACCGACCAGCCCAACGCACGCGUGAAUCUCGGUUGGACGGCCGAAAACGACGGGACAGCGACCUGUAUCCUCCUCGACCGGAUCACAUCCCCAGCCCUCGCCCGCGUCAACCGACUUCUGCGACGCGAAUACCUCAAAACCUUCUUCACCCGCAAUCUCUUCCGCGUAAAAGUACUAGCACUCCACGAAGACCUCCCCCCCAACCAAAUCCUCCCCUUAGAACGCUACACCAACACCAUCCCGCAACCAGUGUGGAGCUGGUUCCACCACCUCGAGCGCGAAGGAAUCCACAUCGAAUUCCCGCACCUGCGAUUCCAAAUCCUCCGUCUCUGCGAAGACCCCACACACUCCAUCUCCACUUCCACCUCCACCGUCCUCGCGGCAGCAACACUCGACUGGCAACCCAACACAGGCGAAUUUCACCUCUCCUUCCACGACGGCUGGUGGACGGGUACCGAGCGACUGGCGAUUCUAGCGUGCAAGUACCGGUUGCAGAUGAUGGUGCAGGAGUUUCUGGGAUUGUAUUGUAAAUCUGAGCGCGGACCGUUGGAGUGGAUGGCGGUGCAGAGGUUGGCGAGGGUGUGGUGUACGGGGCCGGGAGAUGAGUUGAGGAUGUUGUUGGAUGAGGCGAUGGAGAAGGAGGGAGAGGAGUGA